AUGGAUCCAAUAGUUAAUUUAGAAUUGACUAUUUCAAUAAUUGAUGAUGAUGAUAAGAAAACCAAUUAUGAGAUAUCAUUAAUUGAUGAUAAUGGCAUUCAUGUAUAUACAAAAUCUGAAGUUAAUGCUGGUUUGGAAAAAUUUAAACCUAUUAUUGAUAAAGUACAAGCUUUUAUUAUAGAAGUACGCAACUCACCAAAAAAGGAACAGAAAUUAAUUACUUUUGCAACAAAUUUAAAUAUCAAAUAUAAAAAAUUAAUUAAAGAUGUCGAGACUAGAUGGAAUAAUUUAAAUGAUGAUGAAUGGAAAGAACUCCAACUUUUUUGUGAUUUUUUAAAACCAUUUUUUGAAUUUACUGAAGAAAUGUCAGGCUCUAAAUAUCCUACUUUUGGAACCUUACUUCUUUUAUUAGAUCAUUUAUUGGAACAUAUAACAAUAAUUAAAAAAUGA